UACUGAUUCGGUUAAUAUUUUUCCUAGAACCUAGAUCCGUAAGAAUGAAUAUCAGUGAUAUAUCUCAUUAGUAAUUUUGGUGAAAGUCGUCCAACUUAUGAUAUGUUACAGUGUGACGUAAAUCUGUUUCUAGUGAUUCUAAACAUUAUAUGUAAUCAUUUUAAUUGACAUAAGAUUGCCAUUCAUAAUAUAGUUACUGGUUGUUUCAUAUCUAAUAUUAAUAUCCAUACUUUAAGGAACACAUAAGUAAUUCUCCUUGUGAUAAAACAGUGCGUAAACGGAGAAACAUAUACCUGUGUAUCAAACUUAACCUCAUUUCCUGAAAUUAACUGUGUAUUGUGGACAACUGAAUUUCGUAUUUAGUGUGUAGCUCCGCGUCUCUUAUACUACAGACGGUACUGUUCAGUGUAAUCGGUCGAGUGAACUGCUAACAUUGUGGAGUGACAAGAUUCAUUUACAAUACAAUAAGUGUAAGUCAUUGUACAGUUCUGUGUUGUAGCGACUGCGCUGUAGGUACUCUGGUGGUAUGAGCUGAACAUGUCACGUCUCUUUUCGUCGCGUUCCCUUCACGUGUGUUCAAUAAAUGUUACUGAUCAAGUCACGAACCCGGGAGAACUGUUUGAGAGAAUUGCUGUACAGCAGAAAGCAGUCGUGACAGAUGUUUGUCACGUGAGUUCUUCGGAAAGUGGUACAAGUAGGUGGACUGAAGGAGAACGUACUUGAAGAAGAAGAAUAAAAAGGAAGAGACUUUUGCCUGGUGACCUAAACACUAAGAUUUGCUGCUGACGAUGAGCGAAGUAGAAGGAACAUUGUGACGGCAUCAAACCGACAGGCCACUGGGAAGAAACACAAGUUGUGCGCACGCGCCAGCCCAGAACAUUCAGGAAACGGAAGCUUGACCUGAGGGUGCAAACCAGGGGAUGACGGGACCGAAGAUACAUGAGGGACCUGGGAAUGGAGCAGCCUGAACCGGUGGCCGUCUGGCGCUACUUCCGGUGGUUCGGCCGCAGCUUCAACAGCAGGUCCCUUGUCCACUCCUCCUGCUUCGACCAUGAUCAUGGACGGAUUGGACACGCUGACCCCCGGCCAGACGCAUCAUCACCAUCACCACCACCAUCCGACAUCCGCACCCACCGCUGCGGCUUUCUUCGUGACUGAGGCAGCAGUAGCAGCCGCUGCAGCUCAUCAUAUCAACGUGUUAAGUUUCGAGUACAAAGAGUCGUCGGUUGUUGGGGUUGCUGGCGGCGACACAGGAGGUGAUCAGGGUGACAGGAGACCCGGUAGUGGAGGUUCUGCGUCCGCGGGUGCGGCGGCCACUGGUGCCGGAGGUGAAAGCGAAGCCGCCGCCCCCGAAACUCAACCUGGUGAUCUCAACACCCCCGUUACUACGUCUGGAGACAUCCCGUCCUUCUUCGGACCAUCCACCGUUGUCGAGCCGCCACCAAUCACAGAUGUAGAGAGCUGGGUGCGCGCGCUGCUGGCUGUCAGUUCCUUGGACCCUGAGGAGCUGUCCCUGGACCCUACUGCUAGCCCCUGCCAGUCUCUUAGCAGCCCUCAACCGGAACCGGAAGGGACAACAGACCUUCCCACGAAACACGAACCCAGUCUUAGUCCUGGAAUCGGCACUCAUAUCGCCGGAGUCAGUACGACCGUGUGUGAGGACUCCAGCAACACUAGUAGCAUCAUCAUGUACCCAUCCUCAGGCGGCGUGCCUCACACCGCCGGAAAUACCGGAGGAGGCAAAAUCAGCUAUCGUGGUAUCUUCACUACUACCUCCAGUGGCAGCCCCGUCGCCGCCAGUAUGGGCCCCAAUGGGGGCGGAAGUCUCUCUGGCCUCGGCACAGGCCUUGCUGCUACCUCACCGACAGCACAAGGCAUCAAUCACUGGCUACUCCCUAGCCCAGACAAAACAAUAUUCCCUCCUCUGUUUGGUCUCCUUGGACAGCAGCAACAGCAGCAGCCUCAGCAUCCUCAGACAGCCGCCUCACCUCAACAGCAGCAGCAGCAGUACUCUUCUGCCAGUCCCAGUCCCGCUGGGGGGCACUACGACGAUGGAUCUCAGCAACAGCAGCAGCAGGAAGACCUCAUGGGACUCAGCAUUGACUGCGGACCUGGUGGGAAUCUGGCGCUCAAACAGCCUCCAACCUACUCCAGCUGUAGCGGAGGGCCAGUGACAUCUAUUGGGGAUGUUCAGCAACAGCAGCAGGAGCUGGCGUAUAGCCGGGUGGGGCAGUCCCUCGUGCCCUCUACAGCGAAGUACCAGUGGCUGGACACAACCCAAGUUGUGGCUGGUUACGGCACGGGGAUGUCCGUACCGGGACCUUCUGGACUCAUUCCCAAGCAGGAACCCUUCAGUGCUUGUGCGGGGAGUGCUGGGGGGACGUCAGGUAGUGGAGGGGGUGGAGGGGGAAGUGCUGGUGAAGUACAGCAACAACAGGCUCAAGAACAGCAACAGCAGGGUGGCAAUUACGCGGUGCAGCUGGCGGAAUAUAACCCUUCGACGAGUAAAGGUCACGAGAUCUUGUCGCAGGUGUACCAACAGUCGCCAAUGCCGCUCAAGUUGGUACCAGUGAAACCCAGAAAGUAUCCGAACAGACCGAGUAAGACGCCGGUACACGAGAGACCAUACGCGUGCCCAGUUGAGAACUGCGAUAGGCGAUUCUCGAGAUCGGACGAGCUGACGCGACACAUCCGAAUCCACACGGGACAGAAACCGUUUCAAUGCCGCAUUUGCAUGAGGUCUUUCUCGAGAUCUGAUCACCUUACAACACACAUCAGAACGCACACAGGAGAGAAACCGUUUCAGUGCGAUACGUGUGGACGUAAGUUCGCGAGAAGCGAUGAGAAGAAGCGUCACGCUAAAGUGCACCUCAAACAGAGACUCAAGAAAGAGAGUAAACUGGUUACAGGAAGUACCGGUGGCUCUGCUUCAACCAGCGGCAGUCAACAGCAACAACAGACACAGCACCACCUGCAUCCCCACCACAUACACCCACAUCACCACCACCACCACCAUCAUCACCACCAGUCCGCCGCGUCAACCAGCGGAAUCCAACAACAGCAACACACGGUGCAGUCAGACGAGAGUCUUACAAUGCCAGCUGUUACGACCGCACUAUAAACCGUAAACCUUUGAAGGAAACAAACGAUGGUGCAAAGAAAUGUGUUCUCUUUUUUUCCUGCUUGCAUGUUAUAAUGUUCCGUAUUCUCUACUUCCUUGUGUUAACUGUGAUUUUUCUCGACAACCAUGAGGGAUAUGUUAAUAUUAAAUACGGAAAUUAUUUUCAUGAGCAUACAUUUGAAUGUGCCGCGUCGCCGUAGUAGGGUUUGUGUAGUCAACACAGAAAAACCAUGCGUAUUUCACUUCGCACUGAAAAGAAACAGUUCAAGGCGUUCUUGUUUCCUACUGGUUCGUUGUUCAAUUCUUUGUUGUCAUUUGACGAAAUGAAUUAUUGAUUGUUGUGUGUGCAUUGUUGGCGCUUUUGAGGACAAGAGGGAGAGAUAUAUGAAGUAUUGGACUCCACGGUAAUAAAUUUUUGUUAUGUAACAUGACAGAUUAUUUGUUAUAAUGCAACUCGAGCAGUUGCAUUUUAAUGAAAAUUAAUAUGAAAAAAGGUACAUUUUAAAAAUGUGCUGUUUCUGUUUUUUUCCCACGUUGCCAAAAAAAAUUGUAUAAAAUGGAAAGAACUCACGACCGUCGGUCCGUGCAUAAGCGGGACGGACGUGUGAUGUUUUCCUGUCCCCUAACAGAAAUAUCCUAUUUUUGUACAAUUUUAAUUUCAUUAAUUGGGUCUAUGUUUUUUUUCGACUAAAUGCUGUGUUGUGUGACAUAUUUGUUGCUUUAAUUUUAUUUGCAGGCCGGUAAGAAGGCUUUAACGUAGUGGAAAGAAACCAGAAAAUAACCAAUGGCUUUAAUUAAUGGAUAUGAGAUCGUAAGAUGCUAUGUAAUUUACAUUUUUUUUUGUAACUAUACCAAACUUUGUAGGGGCGAUGAACUGCGUUAAGAAAUGUUGGAAGGAUGUCUUCAGACCAGGGUCAAGAGAGCCCUAAUUUUCUGACAUGAGAAAUUACUUAUCAGUAUUUUUUUGUUCACUCUCAAAUGGGACAUUGUAUUUUUUUCCGCGUGAAAAAUCAGUUCACAUGAGAACUUGAAAAAUAUAUAUAUACAUGUAAUGUGUGUAUUUAUUAAACAAUUCCUCCCAGUUCAAUGGUGUUCUGUUUCAAUUGCCAGUGUUAACUGUUUUGGUGUUUGAUGUUAAAGAAUCUUGACCGGUGUCUCAGUGUUAUGUAUGUGGGUAUGUAUAUGUUAAAUGUUCGUCCUUUGCGAAGACAGCCUCCCAACGGCACCGCCGCUACAAAUAUUUGCAAUGUUGCCAAAUAACAACUUGUUUUAACUGCACGAAACAUUCCUUAGAUUUUAAUGAUAAUAGGAGCUACAUAAAAAUGUAUUGGCUACCCAGAGUUCAAAUCUGGUAACACAGUUUUACUUUAUGACGGAAAUACAAUAUAAAAAAAAUUAAAACCGAAAACAAAACGUUCUUAAAAUUACACACCGUACCAGUACAUUAAGUAUUAAAUAAAAUGUUCAUACACGCACAUCACAGACCACAUUAUGACAUCCGCAUCUCAAAUCAGACAAGGGACGGAAUCCCCCCCCCCAAAAAAAGAGAAACCCCGAAAAUGCCGGGAAUUUGCCUUAAGGAAAUGCCGUAUUCAAAUACUCAGUAUCAUUAGAACCUUGGUUACUGAUAAAAUACACUAGAUCCUUUUAAUAUACUCCGUCUACUAUGGGAACGAAGAUACUAGAUCAUGUUUCCAACAUAUUCCGGUACGCAUAUGCCUGUAGGAAAUUCAGACAUAUUUGCACGGGAUUUUUCUUCCGUAAGGUUGCCUGCACAAGGUACGACAUCCACUACCAGUUCGUAGAGUGGACAGACAUUAUAACCAUCUCAGUCAUUUCUGCUGCUUGGCUACAGAAUAAACAGUCGAAAAUACUGUCUACAUAAUGACUAAUUUGCAUUUUUUUACAUAGAAACCAUACUUUCUUAUUCCAAAAUACAUUCAUAUAUUUCAGCAUAAAUUUGAAGAAUUAGCUACGGCUUGAAUUUUAUACAUACUGCCGAAAUUCCAGAAUUCAGUGUUGUGGUAAUAGUAGUAGUGAGAAUGAUGAACGCGAUAGCAACAGUAAGAAAACGCUGCUGUUGCUAUGGUAAUCUUUAUUACGCAUGCGCAGUCGAUCGCUGGUCGAAGUACAUUCAACGCAUGCGCGUAAUUACAAGCUCAAUUCGCCCAUAUCACAGAUCGGUGGCUUGUUCGUUCAAUUUUACUCCUCUGCUCUCAAUUAUUGUGGUGCUAGACGUUCUGGUUGUUUCUGAACGGAGAUAUAUAUAUAUAUUGUUUCAUUUAAAAGAUAAAUAUUAUUCGUUAAUAAGACGCAUUUUCGUAUUUUGCAGUUGUUAUUGGUGGAACUUGUCUUUAAGAAAAAUAAGCGUACAAAUUCAGGCCUAAUACGCCCCAAUAGCCAAAUAAAAGAUUAGAAAAAAUAAUGUGGACAUGUACAUAGACUAAAAACAAAGAAAUUGUAUAUAUAGUAUAUAUUGAACUAUUAAAAUUAUAAUAUUGUUGAAUUACCCGUGACUGCUGUUAUUAAAUGCAUGGAAGAAAAUUAACCAUCCCUGUUCUGUCCUUGUUUGCUGACCAUAUACCACCGGUCAAAUAUUUCAACUCACUCACCCACACACCCACUUUUCUCAUUGUCUGGAAUAUGACGCAAUGUUUUAAACUAUUGGUACUCGCCUUUUUUUACUGUACUGUUAUCUACCUAAAAUAAAUGGGGGAGAAAUGCAUUUUCUAAACAGUGUUUGCCAUGGCGAAUUAUAAGAUAAUUCAACCAUUCUGUACCCUUCUGAGAACCAAAACCCUCCCUUUUUCACUACAGUAAUAUAUUUGCACAAACCUUUUUUCCCCCUAUUCUAUUGUCGUGGUGAACAAAAAAAAAAAACACUGGCGGGCAGUUCUAGAACAGCCUGCAUACAUGUAGCUGCAACCCCCUCCCCUCCCCUUGACUUCCCGUUUUGUAAAGAUCAGGAAACAAUUUUAAAUAAAACAUGUGAAGAGUUGUUAAAAUCUCACGAGGCUUUCUCUAAAUGUGAUAUCUGCAGGCGAAGUAUGAAAGGUGAUGUAACUGUUAUAAAUAUAUAUAUAAACUCAAAAAAUAUUUAUUUGUACAUUUCUCUCUCGUUACAUUAGCUGUACAAGUUGAUGUUAUAAAACAAAAUAAAAUUAAAUGGCUGUAAUCUAUUAUUAUAAUAUGAUGAGUCUAUAUUAAUUAUAAGCAAAGAGAGAAAAUAUACAGAGCUAAACUAAA